CAGCCACUGACACGCCGGCAGCACAAUGAUGAUGAUGUCACUGAUUCUACUGCUGGCCACCCUGGGGCUCCUUGUUCAGGAUUCAUCAGGAGAAAUCAUCCUGACUCAGUCUCCUGGAUCUCAGUCUGUUGCUCCAGGACAAACUGUCUCCAUCACGUGUUCAGCCAGUUCAGGUGUUGAAGGAAGUGGCAAGAAAUGGCUCCAGUGGUACCUUCAGAAACCUGGAGAAGCUCCCAAACUCCUGAUUUAUCUAGCUACAGGCCGUCAGUCUGGAGUUUCAGAUCGCUUUAGUGGAAGUGGAUCUGCAACUGACUUCACUCUGACCAUCAGAGGAGUUCAGGCUGAAGAUUCAGGAGUUUACUACUGUCAGCAGAGUUACAGCUACCCGUUCACACAUGUCUCUGAGAGCGGAGUCUGGGAGCCCUGGGUGGCCUCACAGGUCACAGAGCCCACCUUCCCCCACUGGUCUGCAGGGAGCCUCAGGCUGUCCUUCAUGACAACAGAAGCCACAGAAAUCCUCCUCUUCAUCAAAAACAUGACUUUGACCUCCGUCCUCAUCUGGACUCUCCUCUGCUGCUGCUUCACAGAGUCCAGAGGUCAGGUCACAGUGACUCAGCCUGGAGCAGUGAGCUCUGCUCUGGGAGGCUCCGUCACCAUCAGCUGUAGGACCAGUCAGAGCGUUCCUUGCUCACCCGCGUGUUUAGCCUGGUACCAACAGAGAGAUGGAGAAACUCCUAAACUGCGCAUUUACCGCACUAGCAGUCGCAAUUCAGGGACACCAGGUCGUUUUUCAGGCAGUGGAUCAAACUCUGACUUCACUCUGACCAUCAGUGGAGUUCAGGCUGAAGAUGCAGCAGUUUACUACUGUCAGAGUGUACAUGAGAUCAACAGUCAGCAUGUGUUCACACAGUGAAAAAGUGUCGUACAAAAACCUCCCUCAGUUAGACUGAACAGAAACUG